AUGGGGCUGCUGGAUAAGCUGUCGGGCUGGCUCGGCCUCCGCAAGAAAGAGGUCAACGUUCUGUGUUUGGGACUCGACAACAGCGGCAAAACCACCAUCAUCAACCAGCUGAAACCCUCCAACACACAGGCACAAGAAAUAGUCCCAACUAUUGGCUUCAACAUUGAAAAGUUCAAGAGUUCAAGCCUGUCCUUUACAGUCUUUGACAUGUCUGGCCAGAGUCGCUAUAGGAACCUAUGGGAACAUUACUACAAAGAAAGCCACGCCAUCAUAUUUGUGAUUGACAGCGGAGACAAACUGAGAAUGGUUGUUGCCAAAGAAGAACUAGACACACUUCUAAACCACGAAGAUAUCCGAAGCAGGAAGAUCCCCGUCUUGUUCUUUGCUAAUAAGAUGGAUGUUCGAGACGCCGUGUCUUCCGUCAGAGUGUCCCAGAUGUUGUCUCUGGAGAACAUCAAGGACAAACCCUGGAACAUCUGCGCCAGCAACGCUAUUAAAGGAGAAGGUCUGCAGGAAGGACUGGACUGGCUGCAAGAACAAAUUGCACAAUCGUAUCAGAACAACGAACACAUGAGAGAAUGAAACGUGAUGAAGAUCUGAUCACCGAUCACUCUGAUGUUUUAGGCCUUAAAUACUUCAUACUUCACACUAUUAUACUACGACUUUCUCACCAUGUUUCUAUCAGAGAAAAUCUGAUUAUAGUUUAUUUAUUUAUUGAUUUGUAUAUUUAUCUAAAGCGCCCACUGAUAGUCAGACUGAUAAAAGGUCUAAAACCAGAUCAAACAGUAAAUCUGAGGGUUCAUUUAUUAUUUUAAGGACAAUUUUUCCUGUUUUUCUGACAAUUUUUUUGUUUUUCUGACGAUUUUUUUUCAGUUUUUUUAUUACAUCUAGAAAUAAGCAUGUUGGAUGCUUAAAAUAAGAAAUUAAGUCUUAAAACCAGAUAAAUGAU